AUGUUCAAAAACAACAGAAACUCAAAUUCAAAAACACCAAAAACUCAAGUAAAAAAAAACCACACAAAUUCAAGAUCACAAAACAGCAAAAUCUCAAGUUCAAACACGACACAAACUCAGGUUCAACAAACACACAAACUCAAGUUUAACCAAUACCCAAUUCUCACGUUUAACAAUUUCCACAACCUCAAGUCCAAACACGACACAAACUCAAGUUCAAACACGACACAAACUCAAGUUCAAACACGACACAAACUCAAGUUCAAACAACACCCAAAUAUCAAGUUUAACAUCUGCCAAAACCUCAAGUUCAAAAACACCACAAACUCAAGUUCUAAAUGA